AUGUCUCAAUAUAAAAAAUCUCUUUUGCUACUGGCAAUAUCUGCAUUGCUUAUUUUCUCGGUAAAUGCCGAAGAUUGCGGGACUCAAAACCCAAACGGCAAGUGUAAUGCUUCCGCGGGUGAAUGCUGCUCGAAAUGGGGUUAUUGUGGAGUAGGCGACGCGUGGUGUGGUGCUGGAUGUCAAGCCGGUUACGGCACAUGUUCUUCGACUACUUCGACUACUUCGACUAGUAAAACUACUACUUCGACUAGUAAAACUACUACUUCGACUAGUAGUACUUCAACACCAACCUCAACUUCAACUUCAACCAACGGUAGAUGUGGAAAUGGAUAUGGAACGAAAUGCCCUUCGGGCCAAUGUUGCUCACAAUGGAGCUGGUGCGGUACAACUUCAGAUUAUUGUGCGGCUGGAUGUCAAUCCGGAUUUGGUAAAUGCAACAGCGAUUCUACAACCACCACCACAUCUAAAACUACUACUUCAACCACAUCAACUACUACAACUUCGUCAACUACUACUUCAACCACAUCAACUACUACAACUUCGUCAACUUCGAAAUCAACCACAUCAACCACCACUACAAGUAGCAGUUAUCCAACAUCAACAAAUAGCAGAUGCGGAAAAGACUUCAAUACACAAUGCGCUUCGGGCCAAUGUUGCUCUCAAUGGGGCUGUUCGACCACUACGACGACGGGAACUUCUACUUCUUCAACCACAACUUCCGCUACAUCCACCGCAACUUCCGGUCCAGUAACUGCCAAAGUCUACACCUCAUGCUCAACUUCUAACACGUUUGCAUUGACUUUUGACGAUGGCCCUUAUGCUUACACGAAUGAACUUCUUGAUACCCUCGCUAACAAUGGAAUAAAAGCAACAUUCUUUGUGAAUGGAAAUAAUUGGGGCUGUAUUUACGAUUAUGCAGACGUAAUUAAACGUGCAUAUGAUGCAGGUCAUCAAAUUGCCUCGCAUACCUGGUCACAUCCGUCAUUACCAUCUCUAUCAGAUGAUGACAUUAGAUAUCAAAUAACCGCAGUUGAAACUGCUCUUCGCAAAAUUAUCGGUGCUGUGCCAAGAUACUUUAGAUUGCCCUACGGUGAAGGUGCAACAGAUUCCCGGGUGCUUGGUAUUCUUGGCGAACUGGGAUAUUCUCAUAUUAUUCAAUGGGAUAUCGAUUCUGGUGAUGCCACAGGAAAUUCUGUAGAGCAAUCGGAGCAAGUUUAUCGAGAUAAUGCUAAUUCUCCAAACCCGCAUCUUGCACUUAAUCACGAUGUGAAACAACCAACCGUAGAAGAAGUUGUUCCAUUUGCAAUAGACCUCCUCAAGGGUAAUGGAUAUAAUCUGGUAACUGUAGGUAGUUGUUUAGGCAGUAGCAACAACUGGUAUAAAGAAGUAACAACUCCUUCUACAAAGGAUAGUUCCUGGACUUGCUAA